AUGAAGCAGUCUUUUAAUCCUUCAUCUUUUGGUCCUUCCAAGAUUCCACCUAUUAAUGCACCUGGAAAAUCAGAACAUGGUGCGUUGGAAGUUUUAUCUGGAUCUGAUGCAUACCGUGCUUCUUCUGAUGCCAGCCUCUUUUCUAGUUCAUUACCUGUUCUUCCACAUGAAAAAUUGAACAUAAAUGAAACUGAAAACGGUUUUCAAACUAUAGAUGACAUAUCAACUGGUUUUAAAAAGCUUCAUCAAGAGGUAGAGCUCAAUGGGUCCCUUGAGGAUGGUAAUAAUAAUGCAACUGGAGCCAUGCUUCCUGAUGAUGAUGAUGAGCUUUUGGCUGGCAUAUUGGAUGACUUUGACCUUAGUGGUUUACCUGGUUCCCUUGAGGACUUGGAAGAAUAUGAUAUUUUUGGUAGUGGUGGAGGUUUGGAACUUGAAACUGAUACACAGGAAAGUCUAAGUGUGGGAGUAUCUAAGUUAAGCUUCUCUGAUAGCUCUUCCAGCAAUGGUUUUCCCCCUUAUUCUCUUCCUAAUGGGGUCGGAAGUGGAGCCGUUGCUGGAGAACAUCCAUAUGGAGAGCAUCCUUCUCGAACAUUGUUUGUUCGAAAUAUUAACAGUAAUGUGGAGGAUACUGAGCUGCGAACUCUUUUUGAGCAAUAUGGUGAUAUUAGAACCCUAUAUACUGCAUGUAAACACAGGGGAUUUGUGAUGAUAUCGUAUUAUGACAUCCGUGCUGCUCGAACAGCUAUGCGUGCAUUGCAAAACAAACCAUUGCGGCGUAGGAAACUCGACAUUCACUUUUCAAUACCAAAGGAUAAUCCAUCAGACAAGGAUAUCAAUCAAGGAACCUUGGUAGCUUUCAAUUUGGAUCCAUCGGUUUCAAAUGAAGACCUUCGCCAAAUAUUUGGGGCUUACGGAGAAGUCAAAGAGAUAAGGGAAACUCCUCACAAGAGACAUCAUAAGUUUAUUGAAUUUUAUGAUGUCAGAGCUGCAGAAGCAGCACUUAAAUUAUUAAAUAGGAGUGAUAUAGCUGGUAAACGCAUAAAGCUUGAACCAAGUCGGCCUGGAGGAGCUCGUCGCAAUUUGAUGCUCCAACUUAAUCAAGAGCUUGACCAAGACGAGUCUCGAAGUUUUAGAUAUCAAGUGGGUUCACCUCUAGCCAGCUCUCCGCCAGGUAAUUGGUUACAGUUCAACAGCCCUGUCGAGCAGAGUUCAUUGCCAACUAUUAAUCAUUCUCCCAGUUCUAGUAUCAUGAGCCCUACAACCGGCGGGCAUUUAUCUGGGCUAGCUUCAAUUUUGCAACCACAGACGUCGGACACAGUUAAGGCCGCAACUAUUGGCAAGGACAUAGGAAGGAGUAGUCAUGGAGACCACAUAUUUACCAAUACGAGUUCAUCCUCUGGAUCUACUUUCAACUCACAUUCACUUCCAGAGCCAAAAUUUAGUCAAUAUCGCGGGACUUUGUCCUCGUUUGGUACAUCAACAUCAAAUGGGUCUUCAGUGGAAACCUUGACCGCUCCACAGUUUCUAUGGGGAAGUCCAAACUUAUCUUCACCGCAAACCAAACCUUCAGCUUGGCCUAAACCAUCAGUGGGACAUCAACUCAGUACAUCAAAUGGAACAAGUCACGCUUUCCCAUACUCAAGUCGCAGCAAUUCCUUUGUCAAUUUGUCCCAACAACAUCACCAUCAUCAUGUUGGUUCUGCUCCGUCACGUUUGCCUUUUCAGAGGCACUUUGGUUUUUUCCCCAAGUCAUCUGAAACUUCAUUGAUGAAUAAUGUUGGCUAUAGUGGCAUGAGUCUAGGGCACACGCUUAAUGCUGGUGUUUCGAUUCCACGAAAUAUGCCUGAUAAUGGUUCAUCAAACUUCAGAAUGAGAUCUCCUAUACUCAGCCCUGUAUUUUUGGGUAAUGGUCCUUAUCCAGGAUUGCUACCUACUGCUAUGGAGAGUUUUACCGACCAUGUUAGCAGUAGAUGGAUCGAUAACAAUGGAAGCCAAGUUGACAGCAAGAAGCUAUUUCAGCUCGACUUGGAUAAGAUCAGAUGUGGUGAAGAUACAAGGACUACAUUGAUGAUAAAGAAUAUCCCAAAUAAAUACACCUCGAAAAUGUUGUUAGCUGCCAUUGAUGAAACUCAGAAGGGCACCUAUGAUUUUCUCUACCUGCCAAUUGACUUUAAGAAUAAAUGCAAUGUGGGUUAUGCAUUUAUCAACAUGCUGUCACCUUCACUCAUUAUUCCAUUCUACGAGUCAUUCAAUGGGAAGAAGUGGGAGAAGUUCAAUAGUGAAAAAGUUGCUUCUUUGGCAUAUGCUCGAAUCCAAGGGAAGAAUGCUCUUGUGAACCAUUUUCAAAACUCUAGUUUGAUGAAUGAAGAUAAGCGCUGCCGACCUAUUGUUUUCCACCCUGAUGGUUCUGAAGCCGUUGAUCAGGUCAUACAAGAGAGUUUCCCCUCCUACUAUAGCAAUAUUCAGGCAGUUAAGCCAAGUGAAUUUCAGUUAAGUGAUUCGCUCGGAUUCCCUUCAAAGGAUGGCCUUCCUAUGAGUUUGGAUGCAAGUUAA